AUGUAUCCUGAUAACGUAGGGCCUGCUACCCUUGCGCGGUUUGCACUGUCUGCAGGAGUGCCCUUCCUGGAAGCUUCUGAUGCGCGGGUGGAGGUGGACGUGGACAGGCCUGACGUGGUGUCAGUGGCGGUGGUGCCCAGCCUACCAGGGCCUGACAUGUGGCAGCCAGCCAACAUGACUGUGGUGGUGAAGGUGUGUGUGCGUGUGCAUUUUGAGGGAGGGGGGGGGGGGGCACUGAGGGGCAUGGAAGUGGGAAACAAGGCACAGAGGUGCACCCGGUGCAGAGCAUCUCUCUUCAUGGCCGCCUCUCACUCACCACCCCUGCUUUCUGAGUUCCCCUCGUUUCCCUCUCUUUCCUCCUCACCCCCCUCAUCCCUCUCCCCGUCUCUUCCCCAUCCGACCGCCCUUCUCCCCCUCCAGGCGGUGCAGCAGGGCACAGCAGUGGUGCGCGUGAGGGUGCAGCCAGGGGCAGGGCGAGGGACACGUGGCAACCUGCCAUUGGUGGACUUCAUCACAGUGCAAGUGGGCGCAUACGUGUUCCCUCGGGAUCCCCUUGUCCCUCUGGGUGCCUCUCUCAACUUCUCCCUCUCACACCGCCACCACCAGCAAGCCAUGGGCGGCAGCAGGGGCGGCAGGUGGGAGAGUGGCAACAGCAGUGUGGUGGCGGUGGAUGGCCGCACGGGGGAGGCAAGGGCCGUGGGGGAGGGCACCACUGUCGUGAGCUUCAACGCAUCGCGCCUCACCUCAUACACGAGGGUCACAGUGCUGCCAGUGGCGUCGCUGCUCGUCUCCCUGCCGCCAUCCACGCCUCUCCUCUCCAACGCGCCUCCCCUCUCUGCUGUCGCCCGCCCCUUCCACUUCCCAGUCCAAUUCAGGGACUCCCAAGGCCGGGUCAUGGGGCGACCCGCACAGUCCCCAGACGUGCCCUUCUCAUGCCACGUGGUGCCUAGCAUGCUCGGCACGGCCUUGCCUCGCUUUGACACCGCCUUGAACUCCUACAUCUGCUCCUUCACCCCCGCCUCUCCCGCACGCAUCUUCUCCUCUCUCACUCAAUCCUCCUCCUCGUCAUCGUCAGCACCACCAGCAGCAGGGGGGGCGAAAUUGGGAGGAGUGAACAGAGACGGGGAGGGCAAUGGGGGAGGGGGAGUGGUGGUGGUGGUGGCGGCAGUGGUGGAGGCAGGGGCAGCGCAGGGUGUUCGCCCGGCUGUGAGAGGCCAGGCUGCUGUGCCGUUUGUGGGGGGCUUUGAUGUGCUGGGCGCAGGCGAGAUCUCUCUGUCUCGCGCCGCCAACGCCACCACCAUUCGCCUCGUUGGGAACACAAGCUCGGUGCAAGUGGCAUGGCGGCAAAGAUCCUCUGUGGUGGUCAGGAGGACAGGCCCAGUGUCAGGGCAGGGCGUGAAGGGAGGCAGGCAGAGCACGCGUGCUGCCAGUGCUCUCCGCAGCACCUCACCUGCUCCACAAGGGCUUGCAGCCUUGGCAGAAGAGACAGUGUUUGCCGUCCAGGUUGUGCUUGGGGACCAUGCAGACCACGCGCGGGCAUCCUUCGAAGAUGACAUCGUUUUCACUCAUCUCGGCACAGGGCAAAGGGAGACGGUGCACGUGACCUUCAAUGCAGCUGCUGCACCGUCCACCCUCGUUCCCCUCAACCUGCUGUGGCUCGCAGCACUCACCGCCCUCGUCGCCUCGGCCAUUCUCCUCCUCCUGCACCUCGUCAGCCCCGCCCAACCCUACAUCCCCCACCCACAGCCCCCUCCCUCGCCUCUCCCCACGCCGUCUCCUCAGCGCCCGGGGUCUGCAUUCCACACACCUGGUUCGAGUGCCUUCUCCCCGGUGUCGCCUUACAGCCAGAUGGGGUCGCCAAGUCCCGAGUAUGUGAGCUAUGCAGACACCUCACGACUCCCCACUGCCAAGCUCGCCGAUUUUGGAUUCGCAGUUCCCAUCCCCCCCGGACAUCGCGCGUGUGGCGUCGCGGGUUCGCCGUUCUACAUGGCGCCAGAAGUACUGACAGGCGAGUACGGGGUGGAGGCGGACGUGUGGUCGAUGGGCGUGGUGCUGUACGUGCUGCUGAGCGGCAGCCUGCCGUUUUGGGGCGCGGACGACAACGGCGUGUUCCGCGCCGUGCUGGAGGCCCCGCUGGACCUGACGAGCGGCGCGUGGGCGGGGGUGUCGGCGGAGGCCAAGGGGCUGCUCCGCUGCAUGCUGCACCGCGACCCGCGCCGACGCCCCUCCGCCGCCAAGCUGCUCUCCCACCCCUGGAUCCUCGUCCACGCCUUCGACGGCCGCGUCGUGCGCCGCGUCAUCGCCGCACCCGCGCUCCAGCAGAUCCGCAUGGGGGGGGGCGCUGCUGCUGUUCCGCUCUCCGCCUAG